AUGUCAGGCCAGGUCCACGGGGCGCUUCCGUGCCAGCACCAGGUGGGAGAGGAGCUGCCUCCGGGUGACGUCCUCGAAUUUCCUAUGGAGAGUUUGUUGGGAGACGUGAGCUUAGAGGAGGAGUGGUGCCAGCCGUUGGCAGCUGUUAGCAGGGACGUCUUGCCGAGCCCUGCAUCGGUCCAGAUCAAGGCUCCAGACAGCUCUUUGCAGAGCUCAAAAUGGUUCACUCCUUCCUCCUUCCUGCGCAUCGGACAGCUGAGCAAUGUGGACCUCAACGAGGACAUCCGUGAGCUGGAGACAGAGCUCCCUCGGCAGUAUCCCAAUGAGAUCCCCCACAAUGAGAAGCUCCUGUCGCUCAAGUACGAGAGCCUGGACUAUGACAACAGUGAAAACCAGCUGUUCCUGGAGGAGGAGAGGAGGAUAAACCACACCGCUUUCCGGACAGUGGAGAUCAAGCGCUGGGUCAUCUGUGCCAUGAUUGGCAUCCUCACCGGCCUCGUCGCGUGCUUCAUUGACAUCGUGGUGGAGAACCUGGCUGGGCUGAAGUACCGGGUGGUGAAGGGCAACAUUGACAAGUUCACGGAGAAAGGGGGCCUGUCUUUCUCCCUGUUACUCUGGGCCACCCUGAAUGCCAGCGUGGUGAUGGUGGGCUCCGUAAUCGUUGCUUUCAUAGAGCCCGUCGCAGCCGGCAGCGGCAUUCCCCAGAUCAAAUGCUAUCUCAAUGGUGUGAAGAUCCCGCACGUCGUCCGGCUCAAGACCCUGGUGAUCAAAGUCUGCGGGGUCAUCCUCUCGGUGGUCGGCGGCCUGGCCGUUGGGAAGGAAGGACCCAUGAUUCACUCUGGAGCGGUGAUCGCUGCCGGGAUCUCCCAGGGAAGAUCCACAUCUUUAAAGCGAGACUUCAAGAUCUUCGAGUACUUCCGCAGAGACACGGAAAAGAGGGACUUUGUCUCGGCUGGAGCUGCUGCUGGCGUCUCGGCUGCGUUUGGUGCCCCCGUGGGGGGUGUCCUCUUCAGCUUGGAGGAAGGGGCUUCCUUCUGGAACCAGUUCCUGACGUGGAGAAUCUUCUUUGCCUCCAUGAUCUCUACAUUCACGCUGAACUCUGUCCUGAGCGUUUACCACGGCAACGCUUGGGAUCUCUCCAGCCCUGGGCUCAUCAACUUUGGCAGGUUUGAUAAUGAGAAAAUGGGAUACACAAUCCAGGAAAUUCCUAUCUUCAUCUUUAUGGGAGUGGUUGGUGGGAUCCUCGGGGCCCUGUUCAAUGCCCUCAAUUACUGGUUAACGAUGUUCCGGAUUAGGUACAUCCACCGGCCCUGCCUCCAGGUGGUUGAGGCCAUGCUGGUGGCAGCAGUGACAGCAACUGUGGGGUUUGUCAUGAUUUACUGCUCAAGAGACUGCCAGCCCAUCCAGGGGAGCACGGUGGCGUAUCCCCUGCAGCUUUUCUGCGCUGAUGGAGAGUACAACUCCAUGGCCACUGCUUUCUUCAACACACCUGAGAAGAGCGUUGUCAACCUCUUCCAUGACCCUCCAGGUUCCUACAACCCCAUGACCCUGGGCAUGUUCACACUGAUGUAUUUCUUCCUGGCCUGCUGGACCUAUGGCCUCACGGUGUCCGCGGGGGUCUUCAUCCCCUCCCUGCUGAUCGGCGCUGCCUGGGGGAGGCUCUUCGGCAUCUCCCUGUCCUACCUGACCAAAGGCUCGAUCUGGGCUGACCCCGGGAAGUACGCCCUGAUGGGAGCUGCCGCACAGCUGGGUGGGAUAGUGCGGAUGACGCUGAGUCUCACGGUCAUCAUGAUGGAGGCGACGGGCAAUGUUACCUAUGGCUUCCCCAUCAUGCUAGUGCUGAUGACGGCGAAGAUUGUGGGAGACUACUUUGUGGAGGGGCUCUACGACAUGCACAUCCAGCUGCAGAGCGUGCCCUUCCUGCACUGGGAGGCCCCGGUGACCUCCCACUCCCUCACGGCCAGGGAGGUCAUGAGCGCUCCUGUCACCUGCCUGCGGAGGAUCGAGCGAGUCGGCACGGUUGUGGACAUCCUCAGUGACACCUCCUCCAACCACAACGGCUUCCCGGUGGUGGAGAGCAACCCUGAUGCCACACAGGUGGCAGGGCUGUGGGUACCCCUGUCCCACUACUGCCUCAGGCCUCUUGGCGCCUUCCUUGCUUGGGAGGAGCUGGUGGAGGGUCCCUGUCAUCUCCCUUGGCUCACCUGA